UUAUAAUCUAAAUUAGACACAUUGAAUGUACUGUUCAUAUACGUGGAAUUAAAUGCACUACUAGGAGAUUGUAAACAGAAUGUUUUUGUUUCUCCUUUAAAAUUCAUCGAUGUAGUAUAUUCUCAAGGCAUUCUCAGUGUAACCAUAGGGUAGAGUCUUCAAGUCCUUAAUAAAACAUUCUAAUAUGUCAGGAAAAAUUGGUAGUAAUACAAACGAUCCAUUAACAGCUAAUUCUCGGCUGUUUGUUGGAAAUCUAAAUACAUUUGCACUAAGUCAAAAGGAUAUUGAACAAAUAUUUAGACGAUAUGGAUUUGUUAUUGGUAUUUCCAUUCACAAAGGAUUUGCUUUCAUCCAGUAUUCAACUGAACAAGAAGCAAGAUCAGCACUCAACAGUGAAAAUACAAAAACUUACGCAAAUCAGCAACUAGACAUAAACCUGUGUUCCGAGUCAAAACCAAAACGAACUGGUCAUACGCCAACCGCACCCCCAUCACCUCAUGGACAUGGCACAACUAAUGCUUACAUGAAACCUCCUCCAAUGCAUAUGAAUCGGAUAAGUCGGGAUAUAAGUAAAUCACCACAGGCUCCACAGCCACAAAGACUGGGUGGGCCUCCACCUAAAAAGUUGUGCCAAGACUUCCAAGAUUAUCCGGCUCCUGCAACAUCAGGAAUUAGAAGAACUCUGGUUACUUUAUCAGAUAAUUCUGCUAUCAACAGCUCUGCUGCUCAACAGCCAAGAAGGGCUCCUCCUUCUGCAACUGCCUCUACCACCGCCGCUACUACUAAACCAAUUCUACCUUCCCUCAGAGCUGCUAUAAGAUCAUCCACUGGUUCACCACUGAGCAACCAAGACAUAUUGAUUUGUGGUGUGUGUAAGCUUGAGUUUACUAACCUACACACCUUAGCCCAACACAAGAAGCUUCCCUGUAAGCUUCGGUUUAGUUGUCAGUGUCAAAAGACUCCACAGCCUGAACAAGAACAGGAGGCUUUGAUUCUCAACUGUGCUACUUGUGAAAUGACAUUUUUCUCUGCAUGGAGCCUUGUGCAACACUGUCAGACAGAACAUAGUCUGGCUUUGUUCAAAGAUGGUAGACAAAUCUUAGAUGAUUCUAAUGGCACCAGUGUAAAAAUAGAAUUAUCAUCUAAUGAUACAACUCAAAAUUCAACUGCAGUAGAAGUCAAACAGGAACCUAAAGAUCAGUAGUAUAAUGGAGCUGCUAUAAUUUUAACUUUGAAGUACAUUUCACUGAAAAUCCAACUGUUUUCCAUUUUGGGUGUAGAAUUUUCAAAGAAAUCCACAUAUCCUAUUACCCUUUCAUAUCAUCUUUUAUUGAAAUUAUAACUUAAGACUAUACACACACACAUAUAUCUCUAGAAUUUCUGGCAUGUUUCGAGAAAUUUUCAUGCCUGUGUUUUUUUCUCUCAUUGUUUAUACAGAGGAUCUUCUGAAAUUAUUCUGUAAAUCUUUCAGUGAUAGCGAGCAUUGUAGAAAAUCAAACCAAAUACCUUAGAGUAUUUAGUUUCACCCUUUUCUAUGCUGAGUUUAAAUCUCACUUCAGCUGACUUUUAACCUUUCAUCCUUAUGAAAGCAGUAAAAUAUAAGUGACAGUAAUAUAUUACUGUUGGGAAAGAGUUAUUUUAAUUACUUAUACUUCUUCCUAUACGAAAAUUUCCCUUGUAUUCAAUGGGAAACAAUAUAAUCUUCAUCAUCAUUAAUAUUAUGAAUAGUAGGAUGGUGGAUGGCAGAAUCAGUCAAGCACUGAGGUUUGGUUUCAUCUUUUAAAGCUCUGAUUUCAAACCCUGUCUGGGUUGACUUUACCAAUAGUCCUGCCACAGUUGAUAAAAUAAGUACCAGUAACAUUGAUUCUUCAUUCAAUUCACUAUACAUCUCUCCUACAAACUUGUGGCCUUGCGCCAUAAUAAAUCUUCGUCGUUGUUUUUUUUUUAACCAUUAUUAUUAUGAAAUGUAUUAGUACAGCAAUUAGAAGUAUGUUGUGUAGAAGUGUUUUAUAUUAUUUGAAUAACAUCGAAAAUGGAAUACAAACAUUCAGUUUUAAUUUCAUUUCAUUUCAUUCUCAAAAUAAUUUUUACAAAGAGUUCAUUUUAAACACCUCUAUUGUAAUUUAUAUAAUAUCAAAAAUAAAAAGCCCCUCCAUAUUUGCUGUUGAAUGUGCUACUGAGUAUUAUUAGCAAAAAGUAGAAGUAUUUGAACUUCUCUUGUUCAACAAAUUAUUUAUAUACUUAUUAAUAAUGCAGGUAUUAUUUAAUUGCUACACUCACUACCAUAAAAAAAAAAAAUGAAAAGAACUUGAGUCACACUGGAAGACUUCAGUAGAAGAUAACCAGAUUAUUUGUUCCUUCUCUUAUUUAUUUUUAUAUGCAUUUGUCCACAGUUGAUUGUGAGUACAAGAAACAUGCAAAUUCUCUUCAACAAUGCUACUUGUGGAAAACAAAACAAAAAAUUUCCAGUCUCAUCUUUCAU